AUGGCUCAUGAUCUCGACCUGUCCGGUCUUCAGACCGAGGCAAUCAAUAUUUGCACUAGUCACAUUGACAGAGUUUCGACUCGUGAGAUGUGUGCCAUAAUGAAUAACGAAGACCAGAAAGUAGCAACCAGCGUAACUCCAUGUCUGGAUGAUAUUGCGCGGGCCAUCGACUUACUUCUUCCGCGCGUACGUCGUGGUGGUAGAGUUAUCUACAUUGGUGCGGGGACUAGUGGCAGACUAGGAGUAUUGGAUAGCUCCGAGAUACUGCCCACCUUCGCUGCACCUUCGACACAGUUUGUCGGAUUGAUUGCUGGAGGAGACGCGGCAAUUCGCAUGGCCCAAGAGGGAGCGGAAGAUAGUUUUGAUGAUGGGAGAAAUGACCUGGCAGGAUUGGAACUCGAUCCUGAACGAGAUAGUGUUAUUGGGAUCGCUGCUUCGGGGCGCACCCCUUAUGUGUUAGGGGCUCUCGACUAUGCCAAAUGUAUAGGUGCUCUUACUAUAGGAAUUGCCUGUGUGUCCCCCUCAAGUAUGAAUGAUUCAGGAACAGUGGAUGUCAUGAUCUCCCCUUUGCCGGGCCCAGAAAUUGUAACUGGAAGCACAAGGCUCAAGGCAGGUACUGCGACAAAGCUAGUGUUGAACAUGCUUAGUACCGGUACAAUGAUAAAGGCUGGGAAAACGUACGGAAAUAUGAUGGUCGAUUUAAUUGCCUCCAACGAAAAGCUUGCGCAAAGAUCACGAAAUAUCCUCCGCAGUUUAAGCACCCGUUGUUUUUCGAUGACGGAACAGUCUCUCGACGAUCUCCUUGCUAAAUGUGACCGCAGCGUCAAGCUAGCAUUAGUUGUCGUGGAAAGAGGCCUUACUGUUGAACAAGGUCGGCAGCAGUUAAAAGAUGCAGAUGGCGUUCUUGACAGGGUGCUGCACCCGAACAAAGAUAACCAUCUACAGAAACUAGCUAUAUAUGGUUUUGGACCCUACGUUCCGGUGCUGUGCAUUGAUGGUGGCGGCUCCAAGUGUGCGGCAGUGACCGCAAUAUCAAACAACAUAAGAGGGCAAGGCAUUUCGGGACCUUGUAAUUUAACGGAUGGCAAAUUUGACUUGACUAUAAAGUCAAUGGUGACUGCCACUAGCCACUCCCUCGAUGAUCUUGCAAAAGCCUUGAGUGAAGAAAAUGGGAAUGAUAUGACAGGAAAACCAAACUCCCCUAAAAGAGAAAAACAAAGCUUGCCGUUUCCCACUGUCUGGAUAGCCGCAGCAGGCAUGGAUCGACCUGGAAUGCGAGAACGUGUCAAGGCCGUAUUGUCCCCCAUACUAGGCUUGAAUGAAUCAACAAAUAUCAGAAUCACUAAUGAUGUCGACCUCCUGGCUGCAGCAAUGAUACGACAUCCUGAAAUAUCUUCCAGUAUCGUUCUUAUAGCCGGUACUGGUAGUAUUGCUAUUCGGUAUGCAGUCGAUGGUGAAACUCUGUUUCCAAAACGUAUAAUUCGUUCUGGUGGUUGGGGCCAUUUACUAGGAGAUGAGGGAGCUGGAUAUGCAAUUGGCAGGGAAGCAAUUCGAUAUACACUCUGGUCAAUUGAGGAAUUUCAGUUGGGUUUACAAAAGAUACCGCUCACUUUCCUAGCGAAAAGAAUCAUCUCUAUCUUCAACGACUCUGCAGCAUUAUUAGAAGAGGGUUCUGUGAUUGUGGAUUUAUUAAGUCAGGUACUUGUAGGAGGCGAUGACCAACUUACAAAGGCGCGAAUCGCUAGAGUCGCGCAAACUGUUCUCAAUGCGGCCGACGAAGGGGAUGACGAAGCAUCCCGUAUCCUCUUAACCCAGGUCUCGGCACUCUUUGAUAGGAUACUGUCCCGCCUGCUUAUGCCUCAGUCGCAUGGAUAUGUCAAUCCUUCACGAUGCGGCCUAAUUCUUGCUGGUGGCGUCAUGCUCCACAAGGCAUAUCAGAAUCUAUUCCAUUCCCGCCUGGCUGCAGAUUCGAUUAAGUUUGCUUACGUUGAAACGGUCAGUAAUGCUGCAUUAAUUGGCGUUGAAUAUAUGUUGAACAGUCAAUGA